CAUCGGUGGCAGUUAUACAGUUUGGUUUAAUUUUAUGAUUUAAGUUGAUGUAAAUAUUUUGUUUAUAAGUUGUGAAAAGGUUACCAGAGCGGAACCAAUGUUAAUUUGUUGUUUCAUUUAGGUACAUAUUUUUAGUUACACACCACACACUGCAGAGGGCAGCAUGUUUUUCUUCUUUUCUUUGUUGGAGAGAUUUGGUGAGGCACCGAGGCUCGUGUUGCAAGAAGCUACACGAAGUUUACUAACCCUUUCAGGUUGAAGCGGCCAAUGAGUUCUCACGGCGAAGUUAUUAAAUGCCAGUAACAACCCAAGAACGCCUUGUGUCCGUUUUCUGCCUGGAGGGAGUUAUAGUGAGAACUCAGUCUGCUCGACAUGAGGUGAGGAGACGAGGAACUGUGCCGUCCAGCCACUGAGUAGCAAAGAAGAUUCAUCGCACUCUAGCAUCACACAGAUAAGAUUGUGCUACACCAGAAACCGAAGCAGCAAGCGCUUUAAAGUUUACAUUGAUGUUCCAACAAGUGAUACAUUUAAAACAAGUUAAAUGUUAGGAAGUGGAUCAACUUUGUUAAGUACUUUUAAGGAGUAAUCUGGUGCUCUGCAUACGUUUUUUGUCCAAGUUAAAGGUUUUAUCUAAGAUUUUUGUAGGUGAAGUCAUUUUAUAUAUUCCUGUCAUUUAGAUGCUAAAAGUGUUGAAUAAUUAAGUGCUCAGUUUUGUACGUUGUUGGUUCUCGAAACAGUUCACGUUUAUGUAAUUUAAGCUGAUAUUUAUUCAAGCAUUUUCUUAAGGUUUGAAGUGGUGUGAAAAAUAUUUUCUAUUAUUCAUUCUUAUUAUUCAUUCGUUUGUAGCUAUUAUUUCAACUACUUGAGUUGUUAUUGUUAAGUCAUUAGUUCUGUAAACUAUAGCUAAAAGUUAUCUUGAGCCAAGUAAUAAGUAAAAGUUGCAUAAUGGAGCAAAUGACUGACACUGAAACUAAGAAGGGCGACUUACUUAAAGACAGUAAUGGCGCAGCUCUACAGCAGUCAUUUGAAACAGAAGAGCCAAGAAGAAGCCACAGGACUAGAAAGCUUACUGAAAAGGCUCAAGAACUGCAUGAUGACAAAUCAAAAAAACUGCAGGAUCGUUUUACCAAUACUUACAAUAAAUGGAAAGUGACUGCAAAGCAAGCUAAAAAGGUGAUAAACGGAACUCCCUCUAUUGAGGUUGUGCAGGAAUUGAUGAGUAAGAUAASUUGUGCAUCUGCAGAUGUGAAGCACAGUUAUGAAGAACUGCGCAAAUGUGUUCCCCCAUGUAGUGAGAUCCGUCGCARAGUAGACACCUGUGAUGCUGUAUCUGAAAUAAUCUUGAAAAAUGCAUCCAGUUAUCUUCACAACCAGGAUGACGAAGAUGAUCAGACAGAGGAUGUUGUCUGGCCUGAGUCUGGUUCUGUGUUUCUAUCUUCAGUCUCUAAAGCCACAGGUAAAAAUUCUCGAAGUUCAAUCUCUGCUAGCAGUUCAAGCAUUAAGUCCCGACAGUCGAGCCUUUCCUCUAUUAGGAGACAGGAGGCUGCAGCAGARCUAGCUGCUACACARGCUGCUUUAAAGGUUCUGCAAGAGAUAGAAAGUGAACAACAAGAACUUGAAAACCUCGAAGAAGAAGAUAGAAAGAGGAUGGCAUUACAAGAGGAAGAAAAUGUAGCAAGAAAGAAAGCACUGGAAGAAAAACGCAGACAAAUAGAACGUCUACAGACUGUUAAGUUAAGUGCGGCAAAGGCACGGCUGCAAGUUUAUGAACAAGAAGCAAGCUCAGAUGAAGAAAUUGCAGAGUUACUUCAUAACCGGUCAGUUGAACGACGUCGAUCUUCAGGAGCUAAAAGAAGUUCCUAUGAGCAUCCACCCCAAGCAGACAGUGCCACAGUUCUUGCUGAAGCAAUAGCAGAGUCUAUUAAUGUGAGCCGUCUCCCAGUACCUGAACCUUCUGUWUUUACUGGAGACCCACUAAGAUACAAGGACUGGAAGAUGUCAUUUCAAACACUAAUAGGCAGGAAAAACAUCCCAGUAAACGAAAGAGUUUACUACCUUCGUAAAUACGUUGGUGGAUCAGCAAGAAAAGCCAUUGAAA